UUACUCGACAGACAUCUGAAAGUUCGAAAUUAUUUCCCAUAUUCAUAGAUCAUAACCCGUACGUUUUAUUAGUGUAAGUUAGAGUACUUAAUAAUUAUUAUUUUCAAGGCACGUCGUAAAGCAUUAAUUGUUACUGCUGCUUACAAUUGUUGCUUGCAAUAUACGGCCAGGGAGACUGCUGCAUAUUGCAAGCUGAAAACGAAAUGCAAUCAGCAAUGCUUGUCAUUUCGCAGUUGCGUUCACUACAGAUACAUAACUGUAAGACAGGGUUUUGGGGAAAAUAACUGUGGCUGUUUAAUUUAAAUAUAUUUUCGCCGGUUUUGUUUGGGAAUGUAACCUACUGUAACGAUAAAAGUUUGUUAACAACUUGUGAGAAUUUGUUCUUUAGAUUAAGACACAUUGCAAACGGAUUGAAAACUCACUGAUUUACUUUUACUUAAUAAUAUAGAAAUCUAUGACUUACGAAAACGUUCAGAAUUUUAACGCACUUCUUUGCUUUCUCGUUUCACCUUGUAAUAACAAUGACAUUAACCUUCUGGCAUCUUCUCUUUAUGACAUUAUUAUUGAUUUCUAAGAUCCGAGUGUAGUAGUCACUGCCGCGCGUUUCAUUUUUGGUAAAUGUUAGAACUAUUCGUUUUUUUGCACAUGCGGGUGAUGCGACAGCGUUUUUCGGGUACGUAUACGAAAGGUGAAUAUAAGAAAUUAUAUGCGCAUAUCUCAACGAGUGCAAAACUGCUAUACUCGAGCAUUGCUCAUUUCUUCGAAGAGUGCUACCUGUUAUUAUAAAAUUUACAUAGAAAAAUGAAAAAAAUGAUUUAUAUUUCAGUCUUUGCUGAUACAACCCGAUGAUGAGCCAGUGAAAACAUGAACGUCUAGUAUUACAGACAUGACGCAUGACCGGUCGGUGGUCACCUUACAUGAAUUUCUGUGUUUAUUGAAUUUUUAGUUAGUAAUCUGAGGUAAAAAAGAGACAUUUUAAAAGCAUGUGGCUGAGCGUUUUAUGCCGUCGCGUUCGGCUGUGGCAGUAACUGGUUUGAAAUUUUGAAUCAUCCUGUUAUACAACUUCCGGUGACACAUUCUGCUGCACAGGCAUUGGUCGUCCUCAUUUGUCACGUCCCCGAUCGCCGUCUGACGUGAAUCAGCGUGCGGUACCACCGUACACUAUCAAUAAUAACCAAAGUGUAGCUUUGAUAUCCAUCGCUACUGCUUAUUAUAACCGGCAGCCCAGCAAGAAUGUUUGUCAGUGUGCAAAAGACGAACCGGUCGGCAGACGUAGUGGAAGAAGCUAGAGCGGCACGGGAACAACGUGUCCGCGAUAAGCGUCGUCUUGAAGCUGUUGUAAUGAUUCAGGUAAAAAAUUGUUUGGGUGGCACGUGGGUGUCCACUGUAGCUACUAAUCGUGGCCUGCCUGUACAGGCGUUUGUCCGGCGAUGUCUGUGCGUUAAGCAUCUCCGGGCGGAAUGCCAGCGGGAAUUUGACGAAACCUUUCGCCAGUAUGCCGUGCAAAAUGACACCAGCCCCACGGUGCCUGUGGAUGAUGUAUUUUCCAUGUUACGGGAGUUUUUCUUCAUGUUCAAUACAAAGGAAGAUCGCGAGCGCUUCCGAAAUGUGUGCUAUUACCUUAUUGCUUCCAUCGGCUCGGAAAAGCCGCAUCUCAACUACAUGAGCAUUAUGCAGAAAUCGGAAUCUGUUGCGGUAUGGAGGAGACAGGUUAUAAUGAUUUUAAAACUAUGCGUUCACUAUUUGUCGGCACUGAAUCCGGAUAGCCCUGCGGAUGCGCGAGAUUUGGUAACAUAUUCCCAGACCAUUAUUAUGUUGACCCAUGCGUCGCAGUGGAAGGCGGUGAAAAUUCCCAAUGAAAUUGUGCAAAAGGUGAUGAAUAAUGUUACCAUCAAAUGGCUGCAAGAGUUGGUCAGAGUGGGAUUAUAUCCGGCUGUACGGGAUGUACUUAUGCGUGGAUUAGCCAGAACAACACCGACGUUGAAUAAGACGACCUUUUUCCCACUGUUGACUUUACUCAUGCGACCGAUGGUGAUGGAGGCCUUCGCUUCCGAAACGGAUAAACAGAAAGCCUUGAUCUCUUUGCUAAGUGUGCCCGGCUUUAUUGUGCAUGUGGAAACCAUAUGUCCGGUGUUUAUUGAAACAUUCAGGAAGCAAGGUGUCCUUAAGAUGUGGAUGGAAUUAUUGACAUCGGAAGAUGUAUGGAAAGUCAUGCGGGAGAAUAUACGGACGGCAAAUGCUGCGUUAUGUAUUACCGCUAAUUUGGCCAAUAUCUUUUGGCUGGAGAAGAGUAAGACAAAUGACGUCGAUGUGCUGCAUGUGGUGUCAACUAUUAUUUUCUUGUUGGACUUAUGUCGAGAAUUGAAUGCCACUCAUCAAAACACGACAAUGACCAAGUGGCACGCAGUUCUGGGAUGGUCGAGUGACCGUGUGGAUCCGUGCUACCAUGACUCUAUGCAGUACACUACCCAGCAACUCAAUCUUAUUUGGAAAAGAGAAUUCGUAAAAACCGUUUUUGGUAAUUCCCUGGAAAGAAAAACGAUGAACGGUCCUGUGAGUGCAAAGAAAAAUGAUCCAACACCGGGGAAUUUUAAAGCCACAGCCUUGCUUCAACGGCUUGGUCUGCAUCAUCUUGCCAAAACCUCCACAAAACUGAAGCUGAAUGAUGGGGAAGUCAGCCGUUUUGCCAUUGUCAGCGCGAUGUACCAAUGUGCCAUCAACUGUCUUGUCAAUCUUAGACUUCAUAUUUUGACUGGAUUAAUAGUGGAAGGCCGAUUACCUAUGCAACUCUGGAAUAUUGUUCGUGGUAUUGGUGUCGGUCAGUUUGUUGAAUUAUUGAAACCGACUCCUAACACUUACACGACGGAAUUUCAACUGCUUGGGUUAUUUUGCAAUUUGACCAGUCAUCUUAUAAUUCUUAUGGAUGACCUGGAACUUUACGAGGAGCAGAAAAUAUUUACCAUUAACGAUCUUUUGGAAAUGUCAAAGUUUUUGAAUGACUUGAUAUUUCGCAUUAUCUGGGAUGGGCUAAUGUCAUCAGCUCAAAUGAGAUCCGAUCAGCUCUUCACGUCGGCACAUCAUCUCAUGAGGAUAUUAUACGAGCGCGAUUCUCGUCGGCGAUUUGCCCCGGAUGAUCACUGGAUCAUGAAGGAAGCCAAAGGAAGUGCAUUUUUCAGCGAACUGAAAGAGAAUCACAAUAACGUGCAGCUAUUGUUGGCCUUUGCACCGCACUGUAUCCCACAUCACGACCGUGUAAAAUUGUUUCGACAAUGGAUCAAAGAGGACAAACAGUCGGAUCAAGACAAGCCCACUGCGCCCAUUUUGAUUGCAGUGCAGCGCCGGCGCAUCGUCGAGGACGGAUAUGGACACAUUUCCCGUUUAAAACCCGAAGAAUUGAAGGGUGUUAUUCGCGUACGCUUUAUUAACGCUGAAGGCAUGGCUGAAGCGGGAAUUGACCAGGAUGGUGUGUUUAAAGAAUUUCUGGAGGAAACAAUAAAACGUGUGUUCGAUCCAAAUCUGCACUUAUUUAAAACAACUGUGGAUAACAGGAUUUACCCAUCACCCACUUCCGGCAUUCAAGAUGAGCAUCUGCAGCUGUUCAGUUUUGUUGGACGAAUUCUGGGCAAAGCGGUGUACGAAGGAAUUGUUGUGGAUGUACCCCUGGCUAACUUCUUCCUCAGUCAGAUUCUUGGCCAUCAAGCUGCAAACCCAACAUACAGCUAUUUUGACGAGUUACCAUCAUUUGACGUCGAGCUAUCACGAAUGUUGCAAAACUUGAAACGGUACCAAGGAAAAGUGGAAGAGCUGGAAUUGACCUUUUCUUGCGAUGAGGACCGGCUAGGUCAGGUCGUUAGUCACGAGCUGAUGCCAGGUGGACGGUUUGUGGAGGUUACGGAUGAUAAUAAAAUUUCAUAUAUCCAUUUAAUGGCACAUUUUCGAAUGCACGGCCAGAUUAAGCAGCAGGUCAACGCUUUUACACGGGGCUUUUUGAGCAUCAUUAAGCCAGAGUGGAUCAGUAUAUUUUCUCCGCCGGAACUGCAAAAGCUCAUCUCAGGCGACAGCCAGACUAUUGAUUUAAAGGAUUUACGGAAAAACACACAGUACUAUGGAGGAUUUCAUAGUUCACAUCGCGUUGUUGGAUGGUUGUGGGAUGUGCUGGAAAAUGAUUUCAACGAGGAAGAAAGGGGAUUGUUUCUGAAAUUUGUUACAAGCUGCUCGAAACCACCGCUUUUGGGGUUCUCUUACAUGGAUCCGCCGUUUUCCAUUCGAUGUGUGGAAGUUAGCGAUGACCAGGACUCUGGAGAUACAUUAGGGAGUGUAAUACGCGGUUUCUUUACCAUUAACCGCAAGAAGAUCUCCACUACUCGGCUCCCGACCUCAUCGACAUGCUUUAAUUUAUUAAAGCUUCCCAAUUAUUCGAAAAAGUCAGUCCUCCGGGAGAAGCUACGCUAUGCCAUUCGGAGUAAUGCCGGGUUUGAACUUUCGUGAUCGCUCUUGGACAGUUGUAAUGUGGUGCUGUAACCCUCUGACUGCAGUCUUUCACGUUAGAACUUUGAUAUUUCUAUUCUUUAAUUUGAGAAUUCUAUUUGCUGUACUGUACAGUGACACUGUGAUUAAAAAUCGUGGGAAUUAACACUGUAACUCAG